AUGGAGUCCAUUAUUAACAGCCAGCUCAUGCGAUACCUUGAGGACCACCAGCUCAGUUGUGACCGACAAUACGGAUACCGUCACGGUCGCUCAGCUGGGGCUCCCCAGUGCCAGCUCCUUCCACUUGACCGCAUCCAACGCAGAGCUGCUCGAAUCGUCGACGACCGAGCCCUUUCCGAUCGGCUCGAUUCAUUGGCACUGCGAAGAGAUGUUGCAUCCCUUUGCAUUUUCUUUCGCAUCUACCAUGGGGAGUGCUCUGAGGAAUUGUUCGGAUUAAUCCCAGCCGCCAAAUUUCACGAACGCACAUCGCGGCAGAACUCCCGAUACCAUCCACACCAUCUGGAUGAUUGGCGGUCCACCACUGUGCGAUUUAGAAGAUGUUUUCUUCCUCGCACGACUUCCUUGUGGAAUCGAUUACCAUCAGCAAUUUUUCCGGACCGAUACGACUUAGGGACCUUUAAGAAAAGAGCGUACUCCUUUUUAAAAGGCCGGCAACGCAUCUGCGAUUCCCCUGGUGUUGCAGUUGUUCAUGGGCGGCGGUAG